AUGGGAACCAGUCAGGCAGCGGGCGUCCCCGCAGGGUGUAGGCCUGACCUGAUGACCAAGGAGCAGAGCCUCCGUGUGGCCUCCGAGAUGGCGGUGGGCCUGCUGGUGGUCUUCAGAGCUCUCCUGACGCCGCCCGCCAGGGUGCUGAGCAACCUGCAUCAGAAUCGAAAUGGUAUUUGUGUCCAUGGGAGCUCAGAUGGCCACAAGUGCAAGUGCACAGAGGCUCUGGUUGCCUUUUCUGAUCUCCACAGCAGUGGGCACAUCUGCUGGUUCCUGGACACCCUGUCAGACACUACUGUUGAAGUCAGCAGCUGCCCCCAAACCUUGACCAACUAUGAGCUCUCAUAUCAUCAAAAUUAUUCUGCCGAAGCAGAAGCUGGCAUCAACCGUCUGGUCAACCUGCACCUGCAGCCCUCUUACACCUACCUCUCUCUAGGUUUUUAUUUUUACCAUGAUGAUGUGGCCUUGGAAGGCGUGGGACACUUCUUCCUCAAGUUGGCGAAGGAGAAGCACGAGGGGGCCAAGUGGUUCUUGAAGUUGCAAAACCAGCGCGGUGGGCGAGUCCUCUUCCAAGGUAUCCAGAAGCCAUCCCACGGUGAGUGGGGUAAAACCCUGGACACCAUGCAAGUAGCACUGGCCUUGGAGAAGAACCUAAACCAGGCCCUUCUGGAUCUGCACGCUGUGGGUUCCGCCCACACUGACCCCCAUCUCUGUGACCUUCUGGAGAAUCACUUCCUGAAUGAGGAAGUGAAACUGCUGAAGAUGGGUGACCAUCUGACCAACAUUAGAAGACUGGGUAGCCUCCAGGCCGGGCUGGGCGAGUAUCUCUUUGAGCGUCUCACCCUCAAACAUGACUAG